CUAAAUAUUCUCCAAGAAUGCUAAAAAUCACAGUGCUUCACUAUCUUCAUCCAUAAACAUUGAUACAUUCACCACAUUGAGCCGUUUCCCAUCAUUAUCCGUUGUCAAUUAUGUCAUCUACUUUGCAUUCUCCGCUAUCCUCCCCACUCUCUCCAACUUCAUCUCUCCAGGUGAAGAGACUGCGGAUUCCAGCUCGCUCCGUAGAUUCGGCUGUCGUUUUCAAGCCUCGGCGGUUUUACCCUUCGAUUCGAGCUGCUGCAAACUUCUCUUCGUCGCUCGACACCGGUUUGAGCACCGAAUUGGAUGCCGUUACGAGUUACAGCGAGAUUGUUCCGGACACGGUCGUUUUUGAUGAUUUCGAGAGGUUUCCUCCUACCGCUGCCACUGUUAGUUCCUCUUUACUCCUGGGUAUUUGUAGCCUUCCCGAUACUAAAUUCAGGAGCGCUGUUGACACUGCAUUGGCUGAUUCAGAGUGUUAUGCCUUUGAAAAUUCUGAUGAUCGAAUAUCUUGCUUCGUCAACAAGGCUUUGGUGAAUGUUGGAGGUGAUCUUGCAAAGCUUGUGCCUGGUCGCGUUUCUACUGAAGUUGAUGCUCGUCUUGCAUAUGACACUCAAGCCAUUGUUCAAAAGGUACAUGACCUUUCGAAAUUAUAUAACAAGAUUGGUGUAUCUUCCGAGCGUUUGUUGUUCAAAAUUCCUGCAACUUGGCAGGGAAUUGAAGCAUCAAGGAUAUUGGAGUUGGAAGGCAUUCAGACACACAUGACUUUUGUCUACAGUUUUUGCCAGGCUGCUGCUGCAGCUCAAGCCGGAGCUUCCAUCAUUCAAAUUUUUGUCGGUCGCCUUAGGGACUGGGCCCGCAACCAUACUGGUGAUUCUGAAGUAGAAGCUGCUCUCAGUAAAGGAGAAGAUCCUGGAUUGGCUUUGGUUACAAAGACCUAUAAUUAUAUUCAUAAAUAUGGACACAAGUCGAAAUUGAUGGCAGCCGCAAUUCGUAACAAGCAGGACGUGUUUAAUCUAUUAGGGGUUGAUUACAUUAUCUGCCCAUUGAAGAUAUUGCAGCUGCUUAAGGAAUCAGUGACACCUCCUGAUGAGAAAUAUUCUCUUAUAAGGAGGCUAUCACCACAAACUGCAGCCUCCUAUAAUUUUAGCAAUGAAGAGCUUGUCAACUGGGACGAGAAUAGCUUUGCCUCUGCUUUGGGGCCUGCAGCGAUGGGGCUUCUAACCGCUGGAAUGGAUGGGUAUGCUAGCCAAUCUACGCGGGUUGAAGAAUUAUUCGACAAAAUCUGGCCACCCCCUAAUGUGUAAAGGUGUCAUGAAGUAGAAGAUUUUCAGUGGUGGAAUUAAGGUGGUAAAGAGAGUUAGCUGCGAGAUCUUUUGUUAUAAAUCUUUUUUACUCUGGUGAAUUUGGCUGUGAAAUUCCUCAAAUUGUCUCUCUCCAAAAUCCAUGGGAUAAUUAACUAAUUUUGUGGAUCGGUAUCUGCAGCAAUUCUAUUCGCAUAA